AUGGAGUACUGGGAAGACGUUCUAAACCCUGGGAUUGAAGACCGCCUAUACGAGAGCCUGCGGCAAGAGAUCUCAGACAUCCAGGACCGCCUGACGAAGAGCGACUUUGCUAUCCUGAGGGCGUACACGUACAAGCUUAAGCACAAUCUCACCGAAAGCGCGCUAGAGGACUUACCGUACGUUCUCCAGUCUUCCGAACUCCCCACCCUCCACAAGAUCAGAGCACGUAUCGCUUUCCUAUCUGGCAUCACCCCACAUCGAUAUGAUUGCUGCCUCGACUCCUGUAUGGCGUUCGUUGGUCCGUCCGGAGAAGAAGUGAAGUGUCUGUACUGCGGUUUGAGCCGAUAUGACGAAGACAAAAGGCCCCGGAAGCAAUGGACAUACCUGGCACUUGAGCCGCGCCUCGCGGCCCUCUAUCGACACCGACCUACUGCUGUGAAGAUGCUGUACCGAGGUGACUACCAGUCGAAGCAGGGUGUCAUCGCAGACUUGUUCGACAGCAAGCACUACAGGACUUUGAAGAACCACAACGUCUUCGUCCAUGGCAAGGAUUCGGGGCGCAAGUUCUUCAGUGAUCGUCGAGACAUCGCCCUCGGGAUCUCAACAGAUGGGUUUGCUCCUUGGCGUAGAAGAAAGAAGACU